CGCGGCCGCUCACGGUUCAGUCGACCCUCCUCUCUCUCUCUCUCUCUCUCUCUCUCUUUCUUCCUUCCCAGUUGUUAUUUUGCUAGCGACACUUUGUUUCAUCCACCGACGUCAUCCAUACAGUCUGGACACCGAGGCGCGAAGCUACCCUCCCUCUCCGUAGUUAAUUGUUUCCUACCGACUGACAACUUGUUCGCCUGUUAGCGCACUGGCUGUCUGUCCAUGGGCGCUGCUGUUUACACACUCUGCUGCUCCUCCUCCGCCGGCUGGGCUGUCCGGUGCGCCUCUGCGGUCGGUUCGGGACGGUGUCGAACUCCGCUUUUAUGAAUGAAUAACGAGACGGGGAAAUGCCCGUGACUGCGAAACUCCCCCUACAGCCGGGCUCCCGGGGGGCCAGCCACCGAUGAGAGGGAUUAACGACGGAGCCGAGCCGCGGCUCAUUGCGGAAAAAGCGAGCCUUGACUGCAGACUGGCGUGGAAAGGCACCGUGAGAGGGAAACGGGCUCCAUAGCAUAAAGCAGCUGAACGAAACCGCGGUGACCACAAUGUCCAUCCACAUCGUGGCGCUGGGCAGCGAGUGCCCCGGAGGAGUCGGUCCAGGAGAUGAGAUGUUGGGGCAGGGGCAGUUGCAGGGGGGAUUGCUGUGGAGCUACCUGGGUCAGGGAGCCAUGGUGGGACCGUGCGACCUAGAGAGCAGUAUGCACAACCCGGCUUUCAUGGAGUACACCUCACGUGUCUUUGGAGAUGUCACGGUAGUGGUUCGGGAUUGUCCCAGCUGGGACUUGCUGGACAGCGACUGGGCCAGUGUUCGGAAAGUUCUUGAGCAGGCGGACAUUUUAGUUAUUAAAUAUUCAGUCACUGACAAGCUGGCCUUCCAGCAGGUCAGGAAUGGCUAUGCUCCGAGACUCCGCCCACUCCUGAGGCACUGGGGCGUGCCCGUCAUCCUCGUUGCUGUGGGAGCGCGGCUGAAUGAUGAAGGCCCCCCCUGUACGUGUCCACUGUGUGCCUCUGACUGGAGCAGCUGCGUACCUCACAGUGAAGGUUUGCAGUUGUCCCGGGACUUGGGGGCCACCUAUCUGGAGUUGCCCUCCCUCAACCAUGUCUUCGUGGGUCGCUACUUUGGCAGCGUGCUGGAGUACUUCAUGAUUCAGUGUCUGAAACACAAAGCCAAAGAGAGGCCAGAGAAGAGGCGAGGAAAUAAAGUGAAUGAACUUCGCCCCCCUCACUUAGAACAGCCAGCUCGUCUUCCCCCUAUUAGAGUGGAGGAGUCCAGCUUCUCCCAGGACAUGCAGUGGUUGUUGGAGCGUGGCGUGCAGUUCGCCGAUGUGGCUUUCUAUGCCGGGGAUUCUGGGAAAGAGCUGGGCUGGGCGCAUGCCGCUGUGCUGUGUGCUGUCAGCCCGUACUUCAGACAGCUGCUCCUUGGGCCCAAGACCAGGGAACGUCCACAGUCGCGGUGUGUUUGCAGAGAGCGUGACGGAGGCCCCCACUCCCUGCUUUCCACUUGGGAUGGGAGUAUUAUUGAUGACAUGCCGAGAUCAGAUGGACACCUGACGGGACGCCUCACUCGUUUGGUGGUGAAGGACCCCCUGCUGUGCAUGUGCUUGUGGGAGACUCUCAUGUUCAUUUAUAGAGGAGCGUGGGAGUGGGAGCACCUCCAGGAGGCCCUGGAUGAGAAGCUGAAGAAUUCUCUCGCUGUGGCUCAGCUUAUAGAUCGAAUACGAUCCCUCAUCGGCAGAGAAAGGGGCACCAGGGACACACCGAGUGCGAGGGCAGCUCAGCUUGGUCCCCAGACUCUCGUCAACCUCUUCAAUUCUCCUCUAUACUCUGAUGUCAUCUUCAUGGUGCAAGGGAGUGUGCUGCCAGCCCACCGGGCAGUGUUGGUGGCCCGCUGUGAUGUCAUGGCCGCCAUGUUCAGCGGGAAGUAUGCAGAGGCUCGUAGCCGAGUGGUGCCCAUCCACGGCGUCUCCUCAGACACUUUCCUGUCUUUCCUCGAGUACCUCUACACCGACUCGUGCUGUCCUGCCAGUGUGCUUCAGGCCAUGGCUGUGCUGGUUUGUGCCGAGAUGUACCAAGUGAAACGACUGCAGCAUCUAUGUGAGGUCUGCGUAUGUGCUUACCUUCAGAGCAUGCCCAGUAGAGAGCUGGCAUCAACAGGCAUCAGUGUAGUUCGACUACUCCGCAGGGCAAAGUGCCACAAUGCAGAGCAGCUCUAUAUCUGGCUCCUCCACUUCAUCGCCAACAACUACCUAAUCUUCAGUCAUAAACCUGACUUCCUGGAGCUCUCAGAUGAGGAGCGCGAGCAGGUGGAGAGGCUACGAUGGCCGUCCAGAGGCUACCUGCAAGAGCUCAGCGAGUACCAGCAGCGACGCCGCAAACUCCGCAAGUCCCGCUGCCUUGUCAUGUGACCAAACCUGGACGCCAAAACCAUCUGUGGGGAAGAGCAAAGGAAGACGAUGACAAAAGAAAAGAAAGGAUUCCAGUGCACAUCGACGUGUGGGAAAACUGACAGAAGACAUGUUUUUUUCUUUUUAUCCUGCUGCAUGAAGGGCUGAUCGAGAGACAACGAUGCAGAGGAAGAAAAGGAAAGACUUGUUAAACUGCUGCGAUGCGCCUCUCCUCCCUCAGUGGACUGACUGGCGCAUCCUAAUAUGACUAUUCCUUCGAGGGCAAUAAUAAAAAAACUGAUCCAUAAAACCCAAUAAGACUUUAAUAUGACUGGCCACUGGCCGAAUCUCUGUGAAAGAUCGCAUUUCUAAUGGAGUGCAAAGCUGUGGAUUUCAAUACUGACCAGUGACACAAAAUGGCUUCAGUAUAAUUACUGAUAUAUCAAAUCACCACACAUCUGUCAGGAAACCAGGAUCAUGUGCAAACUAUUUCAAACUACAUUAACGGGUAAUGUGACUUCAGGUUGAUUAAACAGGAAGAUCUCCUCAACACUCAAUAGCUUCUAUGUGUCUUCUGUAGGAUUGACGCAGGACCUCUCUGUCAUAGAUGAAACCCUUGAUCACUCAUGAUGCAUCCCAUCUGAUCUAAAGAUUGUGAACUUGUGAAAACAGUUUCUCAAAGUGCCCAUAUAUAGCUCAUUUACAGGCUCGCAGUUUUAUUUUGAGGCUCCUCAAGAAUAGGUUUUCAUACUUUAUUGUUCCACAACAUGAAAGCAUGCAGCACAUUUCUGAAACGCUCCCCUUUUUCUGUUCAUGGCUCCUGUCUCUUUAAUGCCCCUGGGUGAAAAACCCAGUUUCUGAUUGGCCCAAUGAAAAGCCCUCUAAGAUCUAACAGUUAACAAACAGUCAUGGGAAAUAUUACUUUGUAUUUUAUUUUUUGCAGCAACGUUCAUUUUAUUCUGUUCAACUCGUUACUCUUCAGUUUGUGUAAAUAAUGUUAAACAGUGAGCUAGCUAUCACCAAUAAGUCAUGUGACUGAAGUAUGGGUCUCCCGUUCAGUCACAUGACCAAGAGAUGGCCUAUCAGAGUUACCUUUUCACUCAUUCACUCAGUCCUUGUGUGUCAUUAAACUCUGGUUCAUUCACUGUAGGUGUCCAAGUCAGCUUGCAGCAGAUUUGCUCAAUAACUCCACUUUUCACUGGCCACAGCAAUUUAGUAAACACACCUGGGAAGGGAGGGAAGCUAACCUUUGCGUACAACAUCUCUAUAACAAAAGCUCAGUGUUUAUUUAAUUUAUUUUCCAUUCAAUCCAGAGCCUUUUAAAAGUCUCUGGGGUUAUUUUUACUGUUUUCAUGUCACCUUUUGUGCUAAAUUACAUCCUAAAAUUUCCUGACAAUACAGAUGAAAGAUUCCUCCCAGUGCCCUAAUCUUAAACAAUCCAAAUCUGCACCAAACAUCAUUCUUUCUUUGGCUCUGCUUCACCUCUCCCCAGGUUUAAGAAACUGGGUGAGGUUGUUUUUUGAGUGAGUCAGUUAAACAGCACUGAAAUAAUAAAUUAUUGACUCUAGGGUAAACAAAUGGUCACGAUGCAAGUCAUCCACAAUUGCUGCUGUUAGCAGCGUCAUAUGUAUUUUCAUGUGUAAGCAAAUGAGCAGGACAGGUUUCAUUACAACACUUUAGUCAAUCCUUCCACAUCGAUGACACAACCUCAUAAACUGUCUUGCAGCCAGACUGAUUUUUAUAACCACACAGUAGAGUACAUAGGUGUCAAAUGAAGCAGUUACACUAUCAUGGAGAAAAGGCUUCACAUUUAAGCCUCUAAUCAAACAGCAUCUAGCCUGUAAUUAAUAUCUGUAAACCAAAUCAGCAACAGUAAUAACAUUUUUCUUUCAAAACACCUUUUUAAAAUCUACUGAGGCGGACUUUUACACGCUUUCCUUUGCGGGUUAAUGAGAAAACAUGCUUUUCUGUUUGCAAUAAUAAAUAACGACCUGUUGCUGUCACAAAAAGGCAAAAGUCUUUUGCUGCAGUUAUAGUGGUGGUAUGGUAUGAAGAUGCUGAAAAAAGAAGAAGAAGAAGAAAAAAAAAAAAAGAGCACCAUAUUAUGAACAUGAGUUAGUCUAGUAAAAAUCUCAAAGCCUCUGGGUGAAUACGAAAUAUUUCUUUUAUCUAUUUUUUUUAAUUUAAAAUGUUUUUUAAUCAUAAAGAGAUUAUGAUUUAUUGGUGCUCAAUUAUUUUUGUAAACUAUACCGUAUGUGGACAUGAUUUUUGUUUUUUUUAACAUUUGGAGUCGAGACAAACAGGGUGGCACUACUUUCCAGUCUAAUGUUUCACGGCUGUUUACUCGAUUUUAAAAAAGGGGAAAUGGAACAUUACAGCUCAAUUUGUUAAAUAAACCUUCACCUACGCGAGGGUGAAAGCGAUCAGUAGUGACAGCUAGCAGAUGGGUUUUUUUUUUAAAUCUGUGGAUCACAAUCAAUCAGGAAGCGGCGUGUAAUGCUUUCAUAUUCUAUUUCUGCAGUAUUAACAGAAAUUCUGUGUAUAUAGUACAAGCAAGCUCCCACUGUCAAGUUUUGACAGUGUGCAGUUGUUAUCUUUAACCAGCUGCUGCACAAAUUCCACUAAAUUCUGUGUGUAAAUAUCCUCGAAUACAUCUUGAUCUACUAAUAACCAGGAAUGCAGCGAUUUAUUGAUUGAUAGUCGCCUUGUAGAUAUACAUUGGCCUAUUGCCAAAAAAGAUGACAUUCACCAAUAACAUUGGCGAAUGUCUUCGCUCGCAAGAGUUUGCCGUUAUCAUCUCUGGGAUCCACUGUCAUAAAUAUGUAUGACUGAAUUUGUGCUCACUGCGAGAUAGUGUGAUGAAAGGCUGAAAGACGCUGAAACAGUUAACUUAUUUAUUUAUUUUUGUCCUAUCACAAUAAUAAAUCAAACUAACUACGAUCAGAAAUCAGCCAAAUUGUUAUUUUAAACAUUGGCAAAGACCCAGAACGUUACAAUCCUGGUGGUGCAUCCCUACUAAUACAAAUCAGCAAACAGCAAGUGAAACUGUGGACUGUGAAACAAAGUGUAUCCCAGUGCUGCAUCCACACCUAGUGUGGAGACACAUGGCUCCUCUGGGCAUGUGCUGUACAGACUGUAGAAUACAUGGCGUCUGACUUUAAAUAAAGACAUGUUUUAACAUA